CAACCGCAGCUAUAAAAGGAGGUGCUUCCUCGCGGCAUUGAAGUCUCUUCUGGGCCGAGGGAGGAGGGACUGCAGUUCUCACUCCCUUACUUUCGGAUUCUCCUUGUGAUUGUGUGAAUCUAUAAGUCGCCUUAGGCCGUAGGCAUGAAGGGCGUGACGGUGGUUCUAUGGGUGUGCGUCGUGGCGUGGGCGGCAGCGGCUGUGGGUGAUGAACAGCUCUCAAGAAAGAAAAGGGAGCCCCAGCAACCCAACUUCAAUUUUGGAGGGCAAGGCUUCCGGGGCAAUAUUCCAAUACCGUUCGGAAAUGUAGGCUUUAACUUCGGCGGUCAAAGCCCAGGAAGGCCAAGACGACCAGGCAGACCCCAGCAACAACAGAGACCUCAGCCACUCCAACAAAAUACUCCUCAGACUUUCGAAAGAGGUCCCAACGGUAGCUUCCGUCCUUCCAACAAUCGGCCUGGCUUCACCCCGGCCGGCCAAUCCGACUGCACGGGCAACAGGAGAAACUCCCGACGAUGCCAAAACCGGCCGAGUGGCGGCCAGGCUCUUGGACAGGGAGGAGGAGUAAGCAGUGCCUUCCAGCAGAUUCCUUGGCUGAGCCAGCUUUCCAGAGACCAACAGAACCUCCUCAUUCCAAAUCUGCCGAAGACGCCUUCGGGCGGGGCUCAGAACCGCUUCUUCCUGCUCGGGACGGGAAAGCCCGACGUGCCCUUCCAGCAGUGCGUGACGCCCAGGUUCGAACGCGGGCACUGCCGCUACCUCCAGCACUGCAUUCAGCCGGAGUUCGCCAACAACUUUAACGUGUUCCUUCGAUACGUCUGCUUCAUUGAGGGAGUGUACGUCGGCGUGUGCUGCCCCGACACCUUCAACAACAACAACGCCACGCCCCCUCCCCCGCCCACCACGCCGAAGCCCACGACGCCACGCCCCGUCACCCCGCCGUCACAGUCUCGGGGUUGCGGACUAAUCGCCAAGAGGCCGCCUACUCGCAUCGUGGGCGGAAAGGACGCCGACCCCCAGGAAUGGCCGUGGAUGGCAGCCCUCAUGAGGGACGGGGCGUCUAGCUACUGCGGCGGCGUCCUCAUUACCGACAGUCACAUUCUCACGGCCGCGCACUGCGUUGACGGCUUUGACCGCAACACGAUCACUGUGCGUCUGGGCGAGUACACCUUCGACUUGGCCGACGACACCGGCCACGUGGACUUCAAGGUGGCCGACAUCCGCAUGCACAGGUCCUACGACACGACCACCUACGUGAACGACAUCGCCAUCAUCAAGCUGCAAGGAAGCACCAACUUCAACGUCGACAUCUGGCCCGUGUGCCUCCCCGAGGGCGACGAGUCGUACGAGGGUCGCACAGGAACAGUCACAGGCUGGGGCACCAUCUACUACGGCGGCCCCGUAUCAAGUACCCUGCAGGAGGUGACGGUGCCCAUUUGGACCAACAAGGCCUGCGACGAUGCCUACGAACAGAACAUCAUCGACAAGCAGCUGUGUGCCGGCGCUACGGACGGCGGAAAGGAUUCGUGCCAGGGUGACAGCGGCGGCCCCCUCCUCCUGCAGCAGGGUUCGGAGAACAGGUGGGCGGUUGUGGGCGUCGUCUCGUGGGGCAUCCGGUGCGCGGAGCCCGGCAACCCCGGUGUCUACACGAGGGUCAGCAAGUACGUUGACUGGAUUAAAAAUAAUGCAGUCUAACGGCGGCCGAGACGAGAGAAGAGGGCGGUUGAGACAGAAGUGGUGAGCCUGAAGAAGAGGGAGAAUAGAAAAAGAAAGGAAUGCUAAAUGAGCGACAGGAGAAAAAAAUACAUUGUACGUAAAUGAGCUAUAAGCUAAAAAGGAUUUUUCCCGGUCUUUAUUCAUUCUUCAUGACUGAAAACAAACAAACAACAACAUAGGUUCCUAAAACAAAACAAAGAAAAAAAGCGAAAUUGAGGAAAAAUAAAAACGAAGAAAACGCAGCGCAAACAUGAAGGAGGAACAGGACGGCAAGAAGGAGAAAGGAGAACAAAGGAAGGGAGGAGGGAGAGGGAGAAGCACAAUCGUCUCAUCAAACUAGACAGAUCAAAGGAGCUUCACUUCAAUGGGGAAGAAUAAUCGACACUGCAACGAGUUGAAGGAAAAUAUAAAAGUCACAUAAAUUAUGAUUAAUGUUCUUGUUCCUUUAUUCAAAAUAAUAAAGAGCCAUCGAAAA